UGGUAUACCAGUGAAGGCUGUCCGCAGCUGUGUAUGUGAGCCAACUUUAAAUAUGACCAUUGAGUAUUUCCUGCAAGCAGACACAGCUUUCCUCUCACUGGAAACAACAGGUCCUGUCCGUGUGGAGAUGAAAGGAAUUGUGAAACGUCCCGAUGGUAAAACUGAACCAUUUACCUACAUCUAUCAGUUUCUGACCUUUGACCCGACCCCAACAAUUGAUGAGGAUGUCUUCCAGGUACCCCAAGGUGUAAUAUGUAACACCAGUAUAUAUUACCACCAGUUACCCAACAUUCUACCCCAGUUCACCACCCAUGGUGAGAUUAUAAACACCCGCAAUCACAGGCUGUCUGUUUUUAACGUCCUUUUUGACUGGCAAGAGAAGUUGAUGAGGCUGGAGUUUUACCCAGAAGUCCAUGGUAACUCUUCGGAUCGGAGCAUCCGGAUGAUAACAGAUUAUAGGCUAGGAAUCCAGUACAAUUUGGACAACAACUUCAGGCCCUGCCUCAUAAAAUCCUCCUACACCUCCCUCGCCGACCUCGAGAAACUAAGCUGGAGCUAUGUGUUGCACGUCGAUGACAUCUACAGUCUCAUGACCCUUAACACGGCCAUGUUUAACUACAAAGGAAAACUUAACGUUCGUGGUUUAACAGUUGAUGUUUGGGGCAGGAAGAGCACCAUCGCAGGCGGAAUCACUAUCAACCGGGAGUAUUAUUUCUUGAAGACGCUUCACACCGCCGUCCCCAUUGGAAUAUUUCAAAAAGCCUUCAAAUUGCCAAAAAACAACAACGAUGAUGAUGAUGAUGAUGAUGAUGGAACAGUGGAGUUAAUAAACGAAUCAUGGAUACAUCUCUAUGGUUACGUGCAGGGACACGUCCACCUGGACAACUUCAACAUAGAAAGCUGCUUCCACUUGAGAGAAAGGUUUUAUAUCAACUUCCAGUUAGAAGAUAAAUUCGACAUAUACAUCAAGGGCUACGAAAGCCUCAUCUUCCCAUCAUUGCGAAACUCCUUGGCUCGGGCUGCAAAUGUUUCCUCAGUAAGAAUCAGUAACAUGCAGAUAGGACGCCUCUCGUCUGACCUCAUGGUUGUACAGUUUACAUUGCUGGAUGCUCCAUCGAUUCCAGGUAAGUGACAAAAAUAGGACAACAGUCACACACACACACACACAUACAUAUACUUA